AGGAUAAAUGGAGCAAAGAGUCUUGGGCGUAAAAGAAGAAGCAAUAACAGAUAGAUUCCAUGAGGUUUUCUCGAGUGCGUAAAAGAGAUUUCUCUUUAUUUUUCGUAAAGAAGUCUGGGAAGGUAGAGCGCAUGCGCAAGAGUAUGUCUUUCUCUCUCGUGCGCAUCUUUUCGUAUCCCGGUCGUGCGGUGCCGGCUACGUGUCAGCCUAGAGCGCUUGAUGGCGCGCCUGCGCUGCUUGCGAUUAUGACGUCACGGAAUGUGACGCCACAGCGCUCGAUUGGUGGAGCGCGUCGUACUCUCGCGUCGUCGUCGUCGUCGUUGUUGCCGUCGUUGUGGACCGGUCCGACGAGGUGGGUCGCGCUGGUUAAGCGCGAACGUUUCGCGAGUUUAACGAGAGGUGGAGAGGAACGGCGAAAAGAAUCGGUAGCGCGAGUCGAGCUGAUUCUCUCGUAUGGUUGCGUCGGGUGAGCGAAAGAAGGAAAGAAGAAGGGUUGGUAGGGAUAUGACUAGUGUAGCGGUGGUGGGGAAAGACAGAGCGUGCGCAGCGUAGAAAAGCGUCGGUGGCAUGUAGGUAGGGGGAUGCAGGGAGCGAGGAUUGUCCGGAGGAAGCGACACCCGUAGCUCCGCUUUACCACCGCAUUCUCGAGCGUUCGUCUUCGCUCGUCUCGUCGCAUAUUAGCAGCGACGACGGAACAGUGCCAGUAACAGAAGCGUACCACCAGGCAACGUAGCAAUUGACGGACGAUCGCGGUUUACGCGCACGUACUCGUCGCGCGCGCGCGCGAUAUCUCGCUUUUACAUUGUUUUUUUUUUCUCUCCUACGCGUAUCGAGUGUCAGUUUAUUGCAGUUUGUUAGAGAUCAAAAUAUUCGCAUCUCUUAUUUACGAUAGUCGCCAUUUAUUUCGGCGGUUAGUGUUGGUGAAAAACUUUUCUUCGUUGCUUGCGUCCAAUAGUCGACUCGCCGCCACGGUUAGUGAUCCACGCUCGAAAGGAGAAAAGAAAAGAAAGACCGUUUAAAGCGGGAGGGGAGGAAAGAGAUCGAAGUGACGUUUCCGUGGGAGUUCCUUCUCCACAGAGGUGGAAUCCUUUCGCGAGUGCGUAGUGCGCGCGUAAAGAGGUUUCUUAGUUUGCUGAUCCUCCGUUCGAACGGGUCAUGCUCUAGAAACGCUUCUCUCUGGCUUACUACCUAUCAACGUGCGUUCAAACGCUAGACUGUAGUUAACGAAGACUGAAAAAACCAAGAGGAUUCCUAUUCCAAGAGUAAAAUACGAUAAAUCUAAAGGGGAAGAGUGAAAGGGAAAGCGGAAAGUGGAUGUGAGUUGUGAUAGCAGUAGAGGAGUGGAGAGGAGAGGAGAGGAGUGUCUGGUUGGUUGGUUGGUUGGCUGGCUGAGUGGCUGGCUGGCUGAAGUUUAUCGAUAUCUUGAAGAUCGACGAAUCGUCAAAAUGAUGGGAAAGAGAACGCAGUGCUAUUUGUGCGAUUUACCCAGAAUGCCCUGGGCAAUGAUCAUGGACUUUUCCGAGCCGGUAUGUCGUGGUUGCGUGAAUUAUGAGGGAGCGGAUAGGAUAGAUCUAGUAUUGGAGUCUGCCAAGCAAUUGAAGAAGGCGCACGGAUUUCAAGAUGCCAGGCCGUCCGCUUCGAAGGCUUACAGGUCGGCUGGUCACACGGAACACAAUGGUGGCCCGAGUUUGGACGUUCUACCGAUUCAGAACGCCGGUCAAACUCACUCGAGGCACCACAACAUAACAAGUUAUUCGCAGUUACAUCACAGGAACUCUAUUACGGAAUUUAAUUCGGGCACAACGAGGCAACAAAUAUCGCGACAACACGAGGACAAUCAUGAUCUUGGUAACGGAUUGAGAGGCAACAAUGUGAGACUUUCGAACGCCCACCUUGCUGCUGUGGCGCAUCACGUGAGCCUCGGUCACAACAGAGGAAUGACUCAGUUGAAACGCGGCAUAUCUGCUAUCGACGAGGAGGAACACAAUGAUAAAAGACUUUCUAUGGAGGAUCAGCAUCCGGUGAGACCUCCUCUCACGAGAGGCGAUUCCUUGCCUGCCGUCAGCCUGGCUGUUAGCUACGUUCACGAUAGAAAUAAAGAGAAACACCCUGUCAGGGCGCCGAGUUUCGAAACCGCGACCACGUUCAAGGCCAACGUUGCUUACGUUGGCUCGUCUAUUCCGUUGGCGCCCGCCAAUGUAGCUGCAAAUGGCGGAGGAUCACCUCUUCGUCCUAGGACGAGUCCUCCGCCCCCACCUCCCCCGACGCAAGAAAGCGCUAACGAUAAUCCACAGAAUAAUCAUCAUCAGGGAUCGACGAACGGACCUUCACCGAUGGCUGCCUUGAUGUCCGUUGCCGACAAUCUGACGUCUCCAGAACCCGUACCCCAGCCGCCAAACAAUCCAAGUCCCACGAGCAGAAGCCCACCAACUACAGCAACUAACGUUCAACAACGUAGCGCUUCCAGAGGUUCUCAACACAGUCCUAAUGGUUCAGUCAAUUUUCUCUCAGGAUCGGGCAGAAGAUCUAGCUGUUCCAGGCACGUAUCUUCGACGACGGUAACGACGUCGUCCGAAGGUGCGGUGGCUCAAUCAGCGGGUGCUGAGCCUGUAUCAGCGCCAACCCUUAAAUGCACUCUUUGUCAAGAACGUCUUGAAGACACGCACUUUGUUCAAUGUCCAAGCGUUCCUCAUCACAAAUUUUGUUUCCCCUGCAGUCGAGACAGCAUAAAGAGGCAGGGGGCUGGUUCUGAGGUUUACUGUCCGAGUGGAGAGAAGUGUCCGUUGGCAAAUAGCCAGGUACCGUGGGCGUUUAUGCAAGGAGAGAUUGCAACGAUUCUUGGUGAGGAUACUAAUGGUUCUGGACUUAAGGUCAAGAAGGAAAGGGAAACUUAAAGAAAGUACCAAGAAUUUUGACCGUGGCUCCAAUUUUUCGCCCUCCCAUUUAAUUCAAUGGGUGGAUGUUAAUGGUGAAACCGUGAAGGUUUCACCAAAUACUUUUGGUAACGGUGUUUAAACGUUGGUUAAAUAAUGCAAACCAACAAAAACGACUAGAGCCAAAGACGCAUUGUCGAUGUUGUAACGAAUUGGGUUCCCAUGAAAAGCAACGGUUAAAAACGUUGUUUAUCAAGGAAAGUGGACGGCGAUUUGGCGUUUAACUCUAAUAUCGUUUGUCUUCAUAUAUAUAUAUAUAUAUAUAUGUAUAUGUAUAUAAAUAUACAUAUAUAUAUAUUUCUUUUUUUCUAACUUUUUUCUUCUGUUUUUUUUUUUUCUUCUUUAAAAUACAUCGAUCAAAGCCAAUAGGAUUAUUCAUCUUCGGAUGGAUUUUUUUGUUCUGAUUGAUCUUUAUGGAAUCGCGUCUUGAGAGAGAGCUCAAGGUAAAGGAGUUUUUGGCUAAUUGUGUAAGCUGGUACCGAUUCUGUCUUUUUCACACUGAAAAUACAUACACUUACGGUAAACAAAACAAUAAUACAUACACACACGUAAUUAUUGUACAUGCAGAAACGUGAAACGUAGACAGACGUGUUUAUAUAUGAAAUAUUAUGGGGAAUAAAACAGGUAGUACUAUCGCGCCAUUGAAUUCUUUUAGUUGUUAUGAUUUUUCUUAUAUUUUUUUUUUCUUUCUAUCUCUCUCUCUGUCUUUCUUCAUUCGCAAACUAUUUGUUUGGAUGAAAAAGAUUUUGUCGAUUUUUUCUCUGGCGCGAUGGCAAGACAGGGAGGGGGAGAAAGUAAGAAGAAGUGGAAGGAAAGAGAGAGGAGGGGGUUUUAAGAAACGAGCUAAUUUUCUGCUCAUCUUACAUUUGUAAUUUACAUUGGUAUUUUGGGGGGCGACAAUCGCCUUCCGUUUUAAUUGUCGUUUCCUGUUUUAAUGCCUCUAUACAUUGUGCGCGUGAUUAAAAUGCACGCGCGAAAAAUACAUAAACGCGAACACUCAGAGACACUGACACAUACAUCCACACACGAGGAUGCUCAAGUAUUACGCGACUUUCUGUAGAAUAAAUAAUUAUUACAAAAAAUAAUUAUUACAAAAAUAUUUUGCAAACAUGUAUACAUGUACGAGCAUACGUAUAUGUAUUUUUUCGUUUUCAUUUUGUAAACAUCAUCGAGUAUAAAGAAAGAAAAUAGAAUGAGUAAAAAAUAUUUUCGUUGGUCCGUUUCGCGAGGGGCGGGGGAAAGAAGAAAAAAUAGAAUCACGCGAGCGGUUGAUCAAACAUUUUUACUUUUGCUCGUAAUCAAAGAAGAAUAGAAAAUGUGAAAAUACGAAUUUUCGAGCCAACGCGGCGCGCGCAAGAUUUCUUGUACAUUAUGUAUAUGUGUAUAUAUAUAUGAUUAUAUAUAUAUAUGAUUAUAUAUAUACUACGUAAUUAGAGAAGAUGAAAGAAGAUAAAACACACCUUCGACUAAAGGAGUACCAUUCGUUCUUAUGUGUACAAACAAAUUUGCAAUCGUUUGCAUUAGUUUGCAUUCGAUUAAUUAUCCUAAAUUAUUUUUCUUUUCUUUUCUUUUCUUUUCUUUCUUUCUUUUUUUAUCUUUACUAUUUUUAUUAUAAAUUCGUCAACCCUUUUUUUCUUUUUUUUUUUUUUUUUGUAGUAUUUAAUUUGACUUUCUUUUUUUUAUUUGUAUGUAGGAAUAAAAUUCGAGGAGGAGAAUGUAUCCGUGUCAGAGUCAGAUAAUGAUUGCGAAAGAAAGACAGAAAUAGACGAAAAUCGAAGAAAUCAUCAAGCGUAUCUCCGUUACAUUUCUCAGGUGAAAAAAUUAUGCGGAAUGAAUAAUUAGUGACCUUUACAAUGUUCACUUUCGCCUUUAGUUGUUGUUUAUCUCUAUCUCGCCUAGACUUUAAGUAAAAAAAGGGGGCAUUUUUGGUUUUUCAUUUUGCCGAUGAAAAAGAAAAGAAUACGCCCGUCAAAUAGGAACCAUACACUCGCUAAUUGUCUCUAAAGAAAAAUAAAAUGAAAAAAAAAAAAAAAAAAAAAAAAAA